AUGGGUCAGAAAUUGACUCAAAAUUUAUGUCCUCAUUUUGAAUUCACCCGUGUCGAACUCUUCCAAAUCGUCAAGAUUAAAAAGCUAAAGACCUUUAAAGAGAUCAUCCAAACUUCCGGCAAGGAGGGCACCUAUGGUUGUGAAAUUUGCAAAACCACUAUUGCCUCGAUUCUCGCAAGUUUAUGGAAUGAACCUAUUCUUGAUCAUGCCACGAUUCUUGACACGAACGAUCGCUUUCUUGCCAACAUUCAACGCGGUGGUUCCUAUUCCGUCGUUCCGCGCGUCCCCGGAGGUGAAAUCACACCGGAAAAACUUAUAACGCUAGGUCAGGUCGCCAAGAGGUAUGGGCUUUACACGAAGAUUACAGGUGGCCAACGGGUGGACCUUUUCGGCGCAAACAAAUAUGAUCUCCCGGAGAUUUGGGAAGAACUCGUGAAUGCGGGUUUUGAAUCCGGUCAUGCUUAUGGAAAAGCGCUGAGGACGGUCAAGUCUUGUGUUGGCUCAACAUGGUGUCGUUAUGGAAUUGGUGAUUCGGUAGGCUUCGCCAUUCGAAUUGAAAAUCGAUAUAAAGGCAUACGAUCUCCUCAUAAGAUUAAGGGCGCCGUUUCCGGUUGCAUCCGAGAAUGCGCCGAAGCUCAAGGGAAAGAUUUUGGUCUCAUCGCUACCGAAAAAGGAUUCAACAUUUAUGUCUGUGGGAAUGGUGGCUCGCAACCAAAACAUGCUGUGCUGCUAGCAAAAGAUGUUCCAGAAGAAUUAUGCAUUAAAUAUUUGGAUCGAUUCUUGAUGUAUUAUAUUCAUACUGCGGACCGAUUGACGCGUACAGCGAGAUGGCUCGAAAAAUUAGAAGGCGGAAUUGAUUAUCUUCGCUCGGUAAUAAUCGACGAUAAACUUGGAGUAUGCAAAGAAUUGGAAGAGGACAUGUUGCGUCUUAUCAACACGUAUCGAUGCGAGUGGACGGAAGUGGUCGGGGAUCCGUCUCGACGAAAUUAUUUCAAACAAUUUCUCAACACCCCGGAUACUCAAUCCGAAAUCGAAAUGAUUGAGGAACGUGGUCAACGACGUCCCGCAGAUUGGCCAAAAGAAUUUUCGGAUUCUGAUGGGAAGCCAAAGAUGGAAAACCUAGUAGAUGGAAAGUCAUGGGUUAAGAUAGCUCCAGUCGACGUAUUCCCCGAGGACGGAGGUCAAGUCAUAAAAUAUGGUGAUACACAAAUUGCAAUCUUCAAUAUCGGUCGAACGCGUUGGUACGCCACUCAAAACAUGUGUCCGCACAAAAGAGCCUUUGUGCUUGCUAGCGGAGUAAUUGGUGAUAAUGAAAAUGGCGUCUUAAAUGUUAGUUGUCCAAUGCACAAGAAAAGUUUUGCCUUCGAAACUGGCGAAUGUAUUUCUGGUGAUGUGGAUUUGAAGAUUAUGACUUUUGGAGUCAAAGCUGAAGGUGACUACGUUUGGCUUGAGCUUCCGCCGUCACGAGAAUUGGAUCGACUGCUCGGAACCAGUAAGUGGAUUGUUACCAAGAAACACACGGCCAAGACAGGCGCAGACAAUUCGUUGAAGACACCGAUUGACAUUCAAAUUGUGGGAAACACGGAGGAAAUUGGAUGUGCCGGUGCAGAAUGUGGGGACAGAAAGCUUGACUGGUGA